AUGAGUGACGAAAGUGGUAGUAUUAAUAACUCAACACAGAGCGAUAGUAAAGACGAAACAUUUAUUCCAGAUAGGUCAUUUGAUUCAGAUGAUAGUAGGGCAAGUCAAACAACAUCUGGUAGGGUCAGUGUUAGCAACCAAGUAGAAAAUACAGUACAAAAUCAGAGUACUUUGUUAAGACUUCAAAAUCCUGAUACUGGUAGGAAUACAUUACAUUUGAUAAUACAACGUAGACGGUUAGGAGUACCAGCAGAAUUAAGUUCAAACAUUGUUAAGGAAGAUAUUUCUUUUGAUAGUAGUACUGAAUCAUACAGUUUUGUACCAAAUUUGUGUCAAUCAAGUACUGAAUUAGUAAAUAUGAGUGUAAUUACUUCUUUAGAGGCAGCAUUUCAAAUAUUACCAAAGUUUGACAAACAAGACUCUGAAGGCUUACAUAAUUUCAUAAAGUCAUCAGAAUUUGCUUUUUCAUGUAUAGCGAAGAAAUAA